AUGGAUUUCAUCCUUUCCUUGACGCACUUUUGUGAAGUGCAUGGCCCAACUUCAAUUAUCUGCUCACAAGUUCUACCCUUCUCAUGCGCUCAAUGCCAUGGAGACACGGAUCAUUCUUCCGAUUCCCCAUCUAAUUCCCCUCAACCUCGAUCACCGGCCAACUUUCCCGGCCAACCCGAAUCCAAAUCACCAAAGAUCGAAGACCACCCUUAUUUCCUGCGACCCCAACAACCCGGCUCGCCCGAGGAACGAGCAAACCGCGCCGGCAGCGGAGAAGGCGACACAUGCGCCAGUUGUUCCCUAUCUCUCCCAGAAGACGUGAGCAAGCAACUUCCCUCGCCAACCACCCGCGACGGCAAAGUCAGCAAUGGCUCUAGUCCCGUCCUCCGCUCCCGCGAAGUAGUCUACUCGUGCGGAAACAGCCACUCAGACCUCGACGACGAUGCCUUCGAUUCCCACUCCCAUACACACGCUUCUCCCCCAGAUUCCCUACACUCAUCCUCUCUCGCAUCCGAUGCAUCCUGCCACACACACAUGUUCACCUACCUCUCUCUCCGCGGCCCACCAAAUCCAGCAGACUACGCGCUCCUCCGUCGCUCCUCGAUCCGCACUUUGAGCUGUGAACUCCUUCCCCGCGGCCUAUCCGCCGGCCCAAUUUGCUUCGGUGACUCAGUCGCAGGCUACACAAUCGCUUACAUAUUCCGUCUUCCUGAUCCUAUGGCCCGUGGCAAACGACGCAGCUAUGCCCUGGUGGCACUAGCCGGAAAAGAUGCCGGAAGAGCAUUUCGCGCAUGCCCCAUCAUCUGGCGCGCAUUCGGUCGCAUCGCAUCCAGCAUCGUCAAUGCGGCAGAACGGUUCCAGGAAGACGAAAAGAAACGCGAAGAGGCUAAUUCUCCCGGCUCGAAAUCCGGUGGGUCUCGUCAGUCUCAACAUCAACCGGUUUCAUCCUUCUUGACCGGUCGAGCUUUUGAUCCGGCCGGACAACCGCGCCGGAUGGGUCAAAUUCGUGCGCGCAAUUUGGCGGAGAUUGUUGGGAAUGAGUACAUUUUUACGGAGUUGCAUGCGCAUUUUGUUGCGCUGCUUCAGCAGCUUGGAUCUAUGUUUGGGGGUGUGCCUAUUUCUGAUGAACAGUUUGUUUGUUCGACUGUUGGUGAUGAGGAGAGUGUUACUGCUGAACAACCUGUUCUUGUUUCGACUACUGAUCGUGAGCGCGCGAAGCGUUCAUCGUCGGCCAAAUAUGAUGGGAAUGCACUCGAUGUGUCGAAGUUGGAUAUCUCUGGCCCGAAACCUAUCCCUAUUACUCCGCGACAGUCUGUUGUGGCAUAG